AUGGACGGCAGAGGCGGCGGCGCAACGACCGGAAAAGUCCGGCUCGAACCAGUCGAAACUGCCGGCUGUUUCGAGUUUUCCGACGACGAAAGCUAUUGGGUCUUGACCAGGACGUCGAGACGAAGCUUUUGGGACCAGUCUCGAGAGCUGCGGUGGCCGGAAGUGAUGGCGGCGUGGAUUUUUCCGUUCGGAUGA